CGUAGGCGCAGCGGGAAGAUGGCGGUGUCGGCUUUGGUCGCACGGGCAGCCGCAGGAAUCAUUCGACCCGUCAAUAUUUUGGUUUCUUCAGCCUUCCAAAGCUGCUCCAACUCUGUGCGUCUGGUUUCCACGCUGUCUGGACGACCUUUCGGCCACAUUCAAACGCCGCUUGUUUCUCCUGCUGCCAGUCUAGUUCCACCUGUUAGAAGUCUGGCAUGUGGGCACCCUUCAGCAAUCCUUAACAGCGUCACCCCUUUGCUUCCAACCAUCCUACGACCGCAGGUCAGAACUGUAACAUACUGUAGUUUGAGAAAAGGAAAACGGAAAUCUGUGAAAGCUGUGCUCUUCAGGUUUCUUCGCCUACACUGUGGUCUUUGGGUGAGGAAGAAGGCCGGUUAUAAGAAGAGGUUGUGGAAAAAGAAGCCUGCACGGAAAAGACGCCUCCGGGAACAGGUGUUCUGCAACAAAACUCAAAGCAAACUGCUCGACAAAAUGACCACGUCUUUCUGGAAGAGGCGGAACUGGUACAUUGAUGACCCCUUCCAGAAGUACCACGAUCGCACCAACCUCAAAGUGUAGGCCUGUGGACAGAUGACAUUUGGAACACAACGCUGGGGACUCUCUUCAUGUGUAGAUCUUUGUAUCUUUGUAUAAAGAUGAAUAAGGCAAAUGGUUUAAGUGGCAACAGCACAGAAUACCAGAAUAAAUCAGACUGGGUAACAAUAGGCUGUGUGUUUAUUAUAUUGGACUUUGUGGGGGAAAAGACAACUUUAGCAGGAUGUGAUCUGUAUUAAAUACAUGGGAUGUAUUCACCAUCUUGUUCUUGUUAA